CGUAGUUAUCCAGUCUUUACUGUAUAACGUAUCGCUGAAAUCAUCCUCAGUUUCUCUUGGUAUGAGUAUUUAAAUUAGCUUGGUUAGCCAUCGUUGUGAAGAAGAUACAUAAUACGCAUUACAACGUAUUUGAAAGAAAGCGGCAAUAAGAAACAUUACAACCGCGAAGAUGACACUCACGACAACAGUAAUAAUUCUUUCAUCGCUAAUCGCGUAUGGUGCAGCAUAUAUCGAGUAUUCAGCAAUCUGUAACAACGAGACCUUCACAAUGAGGAUUUCCGGUAACAUACUGACACGAAAAUUCAUUACAUCUGGCAGUAUUAGAUGCAUAAACAUUACAUCUGGCAAUAUCAGAUAUAUGGAAAACGGUGCAUUUGACGGAGUGCCAAAUUUGACUUAUUUGAAUCUUGAAGGGAAUUACAUUUCCCUUUCUAAUUUAUUCUCUUUCGGCAGCAUUGCGAACCUCAAAGCAUUGAUUCUCAGUAAUCAGAGAGAAAAUUAUUACGAUUUAGUAGUGCCAAUAAACUUGACAUAUCCAGAGCUUCGAUACUUGAAUUUAAGGAACAAUGAGAUCAUCAGCAUAACGAACUACGAUGAGAAUUCUUUUCCAAAGUUAAAACAUCUGGAUAUUUCAUACAACAGAUUCUCAUCGUUUACGUUCACAGGAACAUGGGCGAACACACUUAAGUAUUUACAACUUGAUAAUAAUGAAAUUUCCGACAUCUCCCUCAGUACAUUGAAGAAUCUAGAGACGCUGGCAAUGAAUAAUAACAACAUUCGAAAUAUAGCAUAUGAUUUUCAUCGGGAAAAUAAUCUUGACCUUACGGGUCUGAACAAUCUGAAACAUCUUUCUGUAGCGAACAAUAGUAUUACCUGGAUUGACAAACUAGUAUUUAAUGAGACGGUUAAACUUCGAUAUCUGGACCUCUCCUAUAAUCAGUUGUCAUCAACUGUCUUGGACUCUGAAACAUUUGCGCUCUUGACCUCUUUAAAAGUUCUUGUAUUGAAUGGCAAUGAACUUGAAACGAUUCCGUUCACGACACCGUUGAAUAUAACAGCUCUUUGGUUGAAUUGCAACAAUUUAGCGAAUUUAACGGCAAGCUCAUUCUCCAAUGUGCCAUAUUUAAAAACGCUUUCAUUAGCUAGAAAUAAAAUUUCGCGUAUCGACACGGAUGUAUUUUACUCUCUACGAAUGUUAGAAAAACUGUACCUGAACGAUAAUGAUUUAAGUUAUUUGCCCCAUUUGGAGCGUGAACGCACGCGAGAUCUUCGAUACUUGGACUUAUCCAGAAAUAAGUUUACAACUUUGGAUGACGUGUUCGAU